UGAUACCUAUAAAAGCCGCCAUUGCCUCUCUCUACCUCUUCCACGCCACCGCCACAUCUCCUUUCUCAUUCUUCCUUUUACCCACCGCCAAUCUCCAUUUUCUUUCUCAUUUCCCUUCUCAUUUUCCCUCACUUUCCUUUCAAUAUUCCACUCCCCCAAACACUCUCUCUCUCUCUCUGUUUCUUUUCCUUCUCAUACUCUCUGUUCCUUUCACUCUUCAAAUAUCCAUCUCUCCGUUUGCUCUCUAGGCAAAAAUAGUUACCCAUUACUCUCAAUCUUUGCUUUUUCCCAAUAUAGCCACUCAAGUCAAUCUUUACAGGACAAGAAGAAGAACAAGAGGGCUUCUUGUGAGUUAAGUUGAUUUCAAAACAAGAGAAAAACAAACAAAAAGAGGGGAAAAAAAAAAACAGAAAACAAGAAAGAGAAAGAAAGGGAGAGAUGAAGUACGUGUUGGUGACUGGUGGAGUAGUGAGCGGUCUUGGUAAAGGAGUGACCGCGAGUAGCAUUGGCCUCAUUCUCAAGGCGUGUGGCCUCCGUGUUACUUCUAUUAAGAUUGAUCCUUACUUGAACACUGAUGCGGGAACGAUGUCUCCUUUUGAGCACGGGGAAGUGUUUGUCCUUGAUGAUGGCGGAGAGGUGGACCUGGACCUUGGAAACUAUGAGCGCUUCCUAGAUAUCAAGCUGACACGGGACAAUAAUAUCACGACUGGAAAAAUUUAUCAGUCCGUAAUUGACAAGGAGCGAAGGGGAGACUAUCUGGGGAAAACUGUUCAGGUUGUCCCGCACAUCACCGAUGCCAUUCAAGAAUGGAUUGAACGUGUAGCAAUGAUUCCAGUGGAUGGAAAAGAAGGUUCAGCUGAUGUUUGUGUCAUUGAAUUGGGUGGUACUAUAGGGGACAUUGAGUCAAUGCCAUUCAUUGAGGCUCUAGGACAGUUCUCCUGCCGUGUGGGUGAUGGCAACUUUUGCUUGAUACAUGUCAGCCUGGUGCCUGUUUUGAAUGUCGUUGGUGAGCAGAAAACAAAACCAACUCAGCAUAGUGUUAGGGGACUAAGAAGUCAGGGGUUGACGCCAAAUAUAUUAGCUUGCCGCAGCACAACGGAACUUGAUGAAAAUGUGGUGACCAAACUCUCUCAAUUUUGCCAUGUUCCGGAACAAAAUAUCAUCACUCUCUAUGAUGUGUCCAACAUCUGGCAUGUUCCUUUGCUUUUAAAAAAUCAGAAGGCACAUGAGGCAAUCUUGAAAGUGCUGAAGCUAUCAAGUGUUGCCGGCAUACCUACAUUGAAGGAAUGGACAUCUAGGGCUGAACUCUGUGACAGGUUACACGAGCCUGUCCGAAUUGCCAUGGUUGGAAAAUAUACAGGCCUUUCAGAUUCUUACCUGUCUGUCCUAAAGGCUCUUUUGCAUGCUUCUGUUGCUUGCCACAGGAAACUGUGUAUUGAUUGGGUUUUGUCCAGUGAUCUUGAAGAUGAAACUGCUAUAGAGAACCCUGAUGCUUAUCAAGCGGCUUGGAAGUUGUUGAAGGGUGCAGAUGGCGUGCUUGUUCCUGGAGGGUUUGGUGACAGAGGGGUGCAAGGGAAAAUUGUUGCUGCAAAGUAUGCCCGGGAAAAUAGGAUUCCAUUCUUUGGAAUAUGCUUAGGAAUGCAAAUUGCUGUCAUUGAGUUUGCUCGAUCUGUUCUUGGACUGCAAGAUGCAAACAGCGCUGAAUUUGAUCCUGACGCACGCUACCCUUGUGUUAUAUUAAUGCCAGAGGGCUCAAAAACUCAUAUGGGAGGAACUAUGCGUCUUGGAUCAAGGAGGACUUUUUUUCAGGUUUCAGACUGCAUAUCUGCAAAACUGUAUGGCAAUAAGAGUUUCGUUGAUGAGAGACAUCGGCACAGAUAUGAGGUGAAUCCUAAUAUGGUAGCACAAUUUGAAGAUGCUGGCAUCUCUUUUACUGGCAAAGAUGAAAGUGGUCAACGCAUGGAGAUCGUUGAACUGCCUAACCAUCCAUACUUUGUUGGUGUCCAAUUCCAUCCGGAGUUCAAAUCAAGACCAGGAAAACCUUCUGCUCUUUUCUUAGGACUUAUAGCUGCAGCUUGUGGGCAGUUAGAUACCCUCUUGAAGAAGGGUGUGACAAAGGCAAGUGUAAGGAGCAAUGGUACUUCUGCAAUAAAAUCACACCAGUACGGAAAUGGAGAGAAGGCUGCCAAUUGGUCAUUGGGCGUCCCUUAUAGUAAUGGGAACGGCGUGCACUGUUAAAAAGGAAAUAGUUUUCCAUGCUUAUUUUCUCCGUGAGUGGCCUAUUGAUUUUGCUUAGGAGCUUUUUAGUUGGUUUGUACAGUGUGUGGAUAGGCGUUUUAUUACAGCUCUCAAAUGGACUUUGAUUUCAUAGAAUAGAGCUGGAUUCCGGUCUUUUAAAACGGAACAGCCUGUUGUAUUUACAGCAAAUUGCAAUAUCGAUUGAGGGGACAAUACUCUUUUUAUUAGUUCUAUAUCUGUAUUUGUUGUAUCAUCGCCGUUUUGAUUGUAUUA